CAUAGACAAGCACCAAGUUGACGAAAUUGAUUAGCUAAUGUAAAUUCUGUACAUCCAUUUUUGGAAAGCGGAAGACGAAUUACUUGGGGUUUUCCUUUGCGGUUCACUUUCCAAUUAGACUGGUGGUGACCGGUCUAUCUAACUUUCAAUGUCUGCUCUGCAAGCCGUCAAACGGUUUCGAAUACGAGAGCUCGGGGCUACUGCUCUACCGAGUCCCGCUCUCGCUAAAACCAAAUCACAUCCUAGCUCAGCAUCCUCGUCGCGCCACAAGGUUCCAGUUGCUAGCAUAGAGAAUCCAUUCAUCCCAACGCUCAAUUCAAAGACAGGCAGAUGGGCACCGCCAAAGUACUCCCUGCGCCAACAGGCUUUGCUUGUCAAGAAAGCUCGCGAAUCUGGCACGCUCGCGCUUCUGCCUCCUGGUCCUAAAAUUUCGGUAGUAGAAAUCGCUGCUGCUGCUGCUUCUGGGCAGGCCAUCGUUCCAGGGCCUUUGGCUUCAGUGAAAUCUCACAUCCAAAACGCUGCCGCACCGUGGACGCGCCCAAUAGAAUGGACAGGUGAAGUAAAGGAGAAGAAAGUUCUUGGUGCGGAAGUUGGGAACAGAUUGUAUGCAGGGAAGAAGCGAAUGUUCAAGGGGCACAAGUGGCAGCGCACUGCAGAGAAGAGGGAGAAACGGAGGGCGUUACUCAUGCGCAGUAUGCCCAAGCGUAUUAAAGAGUUUAAGCAGUAUUACAAGAGGCGACGUCCACACCCUCUCAAACCUCCCCGUACCGCUAAGAAUGCAAAACUUCCGUUCUAGAUUUGUUUGCUAUUUACUGGCCAUUAGAGUUGUCUUCCAGCCUAGUACAUAUACGUGCUUGAGGAACGAUCGAAACUUUACUAAUGCCGGUCAUCAUCCUGCAGCGGUGACAACUAUAGUACUAGUAAUAUGGCAGUGAUCUUGCCAAUGCUUGGUACUAAUCCAAAAAUCGGUCGAGCGCGUGAUGCAUGGAUACACCAGGAAUACGGGCCGUUAGUCGACCUGAGUGGUCAACGCGAGAGGUCCGGUAAAUAUGGACUCGGUCGGAUCAUAUUCGGAACCGAAUCGGUCAGUUCUGUGGAUGUAACAGGGACUAUC